AAUACAUGCACAUGUCUAUAACCAAUGUAAUAAGAGCCUGUAUCAUUACAUCACUGUUGGUAUAUAAGCGUUUGUAGUAUUUGGAAGAAAUAGCCUCAACACGAAAUAUGGAGACAUAUUUACUUGUUUUAAGUCUUGCAAUAUUUGUUGGGCAAGCCUAUUCAUGUUGUAUGCCACAAAAACUGGAGGGAAAAGUGGGGAUGUCAAUUGGUUUAAAAAAUAAUGGAGAUCCGUUGGGCAUCACGGCAAUGUAUGACAAGUGGGCAAUGGAUACUACUAUAGCAAAAGGCUACCUUUCUGGAACACUCUACGUCAUGGGUUAUGAAGUUCACCAAGAGGUUUUUCAGGAUUACAGUCAAGGAAUACAAUACGAGCUUACAAUGGGAAAUUGCACUGCAAAAUCAUUACCAUUGGCCUUUAAACCCGUAGGAGGAAAGUUUUGUAUGCCACCUUCCUCAAAAAUAAUGACGAGCUAUAACGGUUUAGCUGAUGACACACUUGAUUUUGACAUGUAUCUGAUUCAUGUCCGUGGUUGCCAAAUUACCAUGUCAAUGACGACAAAAGAAUGCGCACCAUUAUCCGAAAGUUUCCUAACACAAGAAGGUAUCUUCAAUAUCGGUUUCAUGGGCCUAACCGAAGGCAUUACAGACCCUUCUGUUUUCGAAAUGCCCGAGAUCUGUAAGGUUCUCCAGCGAUCGAUGAGAAAGAGAGAUGUAAGAGAGUCACCAUUCAUUCCUUCUAUCUAAUGUCAAAAGAAGAGGACUGAUAAUACUUCUCGGAAAUCUUGCAUCUGUUCAAGUGUACCAAACAAACUCUCUAUCCUUUCAAGUAUAAUCAAAAUGAAAACUAGACUCUUUACGAGUACCAAAUACACUUUUUACCGUUGUUCUUUACUGUAAUUAAUAGUAACCAAUACAAGAA